AUGCCACCCUUUCUCCCGCGGAAGCGUUCAACGCCACCAGCAUCCCCUCGGCCGACGCCCUUCAAGAAGGCGAAACUAUCGGACGUGCUUGAUGCAGAAUUGACAAACACGCCGGGAUCCGGCAAGCGGAGAGCCUUCUCUCUGGGAAGCGAUGACUCCCUAUCGAGCCUUAGCGACGUGGACAGCGACGAGUUCGAAGAUGUUUCCCCCGCCCUCAAGCAGCCUGAUUCCACGAAGCACGAAGAGGAGGACGAGGACGAUGAAAUAGAAUGGGAGGACGCGGGCGCCAGCACCCUUGUAGCGACUCCAGUCCAGACACCUCUGGCUGAUGGACCAAUUGAGUUGGUAUUCCGUAAGGACGACAACGAGAUUGACUAUGGCACUGCGUCCGCUGCCACGGCAGGCAAGAAGGGGCCAACCAAGCGUGAGAAGGAGGUUAGGGUGAGAACACAUCAGAUGCACGUCCAGCUAUUGCUAUGGCAUAACUCAAUACGAAAUCGAUGGAUAUCCGACCGUAUCGUUCAGCAGACCCUAGUCAACCAGUUGCCCUCUCAAAUCAAGAAAGAAGUCGAGAGGUGGAAAGUCGCAAGUGGUCUAGUUGAUCCUGAGGUCGAGCCAAAAUCAACGAGUCGUAAGAGUAAGAAAGGGAAGGGCAAAGCACUCAAUCCUCGUGAAGAGAGAGAUUGGGGAAGGCCCAGCCAGCGCUUAGAGAAAGGCAAGCCGAAUAUGAGCAAUGGUGAUCCUCUAAUCUUUCUCAUGAAAGUCCUCUCUGCUUACUGGAAGAAACGGUUUGCAAUCACGGUGCCAGGCCUCAGGAAGCGUGGAUAUGGAACCAAACAUGCGCUGAAGCAAAUCAUCUACUCGUUCAGGAACGACGAGCACGACCCAGAAGAACAUGGCGAACGGAUUCGUGAUAUUCAGGAAUUUCGCGAAGUAGCCCGGCGAUGUGAAGGCUCAAGGGAUGUGGGAGCUCAGCUCUUCACAGCACUUUUGAGAGGAAUUGGCAUCGAGGCUCGGCUUGUGGCAAGUCUGCAACCAACCGGCUUUGGAUGGACAAAGGCAGAACAACAACUGCCGCGAAAACCUUCAAAGGCUGCGGAGACUGAUACCGACUCGUCAUCUUACGAUUCUGAACCAGAUGACUCCGUUUCUCUAUCUGAGAUCGCGAAGCCGGAGAUGGUGAUCAAAGCAAGCGGAAGCACCCCUUCUCGGAAUCAGCGUGGCACAACCAACAGACCCAUCAACCUGGACACUGACGUCGAAGAAGAUGAUACAACUUCAGGUAUGAACGAGGAUGAUUCCGUUGUGGAUGUCACGCCUACUAUGCCAAAGAGGCGUCCACAGAAGUAUGACCGUGAUAACCCGUAUCCGAUCUAUUGGACAGAAGCAAUAUCACCAAUCACAAACAAGGUACUACCGGUUUCUCCUCUAGUGCUUGACCCUCCCGUUGCUUCCACUCCAGAGAUAUUGGCUGCUUUCGAACCCCGCGGCAUGAAAGCAGAAAAGACCAAAACCGUCAUGGCCUACGUGAUUGCAUACUCUGCGGAUGGCAGUGCAAAAGAUGUCACCGUCAGAUAUCUCAAGAAGAGAAUAUGGCCCGGCAAAACGAAAGGGUUCCGUUAUCCAGCUGAGAAGAUUGCUAUUUACAACAAGUACGGCAAAGUCAACCGCUAUGAAGACUACGACUGGUUCAAGCACGUCAUGAGCGGCUAUCAACGUCCAGAUGCAUUGAGAACGGCAGCUGACGAGAUCGAAGACGCGAACGACCUUGUACCCCAAGAAGCCGAGAAAAAGGAGGUCAAGGAUGACGUGGAUACAGUGCAAAGUCUCAAGGCAUCGGCUGAUUUUGUACUUGAGCGCUUUCUCAGACGUGAAGAAGCGCUGAGGCCUGGUGCAGAACCCGAUCGAACAUUCGUCUCUGGGAAAGGGGAGAACUUGAAAGAAGAGUCGGUAUACCGACGGUCUGAUGUCCUGCGAUGCUUGACCGCGGAGUCCUGGCACAAAGAAGGGCGAAGGCCGAAGGAAGGCGAGGCGCCGUUGAAGCUCGUGCCUGUUCGUGCCGUGACGCUCGCCAGGAAGCGCGAAGCAGAAGAUUACGAAAGACGCACCGGCGAGAAGCAAACGCAAGGUCUGUACUCAUGGGACCAAACUGAAUAUAUCAUCCCACCUCCAAUCGAGAAUGGAGUGAUUCCGAAGAACGCUUACGGCAACAUCGAUUGCUUCGUCCCGAGCAUGGUACCCAAAGGUGCUGUCCAUGUACCCCUGAGAGGGACUGUCAGGAUUUGCAAAAAGCUUGAAAUCGACUUUGCUGAAGCCGUCACUGGCUUUGAAUUCGGCAACAAGAUGGCCGUGCCUGUAAUCACUGGUGUAGUAGUCGCCAAAGAGAAUGAGAAGGCAGUCAUUGAAGCAUGGACGGAGUUCAACGAGAAGCAGAGACAAAAGGAAGAGACGAAGAUGGAAAAGCUGGUUUUGGACCUCUGGCGGAAAUUCGUCAUGGGUUUGCGGAUUCGCGAGCGUAUCCAAGAUACCUACGGUGACGUCGUUGACAACCGAUCCAUUCAUGCUGCCGGCAACAGCAGAGACCAGCCGAUCAACCUCGAAGAUGAAGCUGACAUGCCGGGCGCUGCUCUGCCAAUCGCUGCCGAAGAUGACUUUGGCGGUGGUUUCAUCCUAGAUGAUGAGGAGCCAGAAAUUCCAGAAGAUCUUGAAAUGAUUCACCACGAACCCCGCGCGGAGACGAGCAGGUCUGUGGGAAAAUCACGAGGUGCGGCUGAAUACCCGACUCCUGCCUCGAUAUCGCCUGCGAAGAUGACCGGGCGGAAACGAAUCAGGUCGCUUCUCCAAGCUGCUGACGACGAGACCACAGCGUCAGAAUUGUCAUCCCCGCCGAGUGAGUCCGCGUAUGAUAUGCCCUUGGCCACAAUUAAAGGAUCAAAACGUCCCUCGGGUCCAGUGAUCCAGACCUCCAAAGCAAAAAUCGAAGUCUCUAUUCCAAAGACUGGUCGGCAGCGGUCGAGACCUUUUGAAAAUAUCUCGAGAACCGUUCACGACAUGGACGGCAGUGAAAAUGAGCCAUCACAUUCACCUGAGGAUCAAGAAAGACGAGAGCGACCCCAGCGACGAUCUAGAACGUUCCGUAAGUGA